AUGGAGACGCUGUCCCUAAAACCACGACGACCGGUGGAGGAGGAGAUCGAGUGCUGGGACGAUGGCGACUUCAUGACCGAAGGAGACGACGUCGGCUUCAGGACCAGGACCAGCUCAACCAUCGCAUCCAAUGCCCCCACACCCAGGAGACGAGACUCCAACUCGUCACACAUGUCCUUCCGUUCUGACCUCGAGUCGUGGGCCGGCGAAGACGAGCGCCAUGUCCAGAUCCCCGGCGACGACGAGAAGUCGAUCCUGGACGCUAUAGCCGCUGCGCAGAGGGCGGGCAUACCGGUGCCGAAGGAUGUCCCCUCGUCUGCCCUCAUGGGCGGUACCAUCAAGAGGCUGGGAGGCAGGAAACUGCGCACAGUCAUGCACGAAGACUGGGAAAGCGACCUUGAACUCCCCGAUGUUUCUCAGGUGCUCAAGGUCAAGUCCCGCACCCCCUCAGAAUUCUCGGAAACCCUUAUCCAGUUCAGCGACGACGGAAGCGGAAGCCCCUUCAAGAAGAACGACGCACCGUCGAAUAACGAUGGCGACAACAACCUGUUGGGCCAGACCAGCAACAUCAAGCCAAAUUCGGCUGUUGACCUGAACAGAUUCAAGGAUGACGACGACGACGACAUUUUUGGUGGCGGAUUCGACACCAUCAAGGUCACCAAGCGACAGUCCAAGCCGCUACCGCUGGUCACACCACCCACGCCGCAAAAGGAGGAGGACGAUGCAGAUGAUUUCGAAAAGGACCUGGAGCUGCCAUCAAGCGGGACUCUGCGCCUGUCCACCCGUAGAGACAUCCCCAAGACUCCAUCCUCGACGGCGGACGACCUCGACUGGGACGAAGGUAGCCUUGGUACCAGACAUGGAGGCACCUGGCGCGAUGCACGAUCAACCAGGAGCUCUUCGGCCUCAGCCCUCAGCCCCAGCAUAUCGAGCUCCCUCACUGCCGAGAGUGAAGACGAGACCUUUGACGGACUCGUCCUACCCGCUGGUCCCGUCAAUUUCAAGGAUCGUCUGCAGCACCGCCACAGGAGCCGCUCACCGGAGAGGAUACCCGAAGAACCGGCCGAGCCGUCUUCUCCUCCUAAGAAGCCUGUCAGCCCCGCAGAGGCGGACCGCCCUGGAUUCCUGGAUGGCCUGGAAAUCGGCGACGGGGACGUCUUCAAUUCCAAGAAGCUUACCCUCCACAAGAACAUCAAAGUCAAGGACGCUCAGCCCAGCAGCCCUGCGCGCCCCAGGACUGCAGUGUCCGUCACCUUCUCAAACACGUCUUCGCCGUCGAGCUCGAGCACCCGCAUCCCCCGCCUCAACCAUGAGCGCACACAUUCGACAUCUCUCGAGCCCGUGUCCGAGAGCGGAGGCCCCAUCUUCCAACGUGCUCGUCGCCCGCAGUCUCGUCUCAGCCACUCGACCCAGUCGUCUGUCUCGAGCAUCCCUACCCCUACUACCCCUUCUGCCUCCUCCCUACAAGCUUCUCCUCCGACACCCAGCAGGAGGGAGCUGGGGCCCAAGGCGUCGACACCCACCCUGCGAAACGAGCCGACCACGACCAACGCCCAGCUCCUGAAGCAGAAGCGCUCCUUGCCAGCCAUCAGGGCCCUGAACCCCCCGACAAGGCAAUCCAGCUUCCGGGCGGCCGAGAGGCCGCCGUCUCGCGAGUCCGGUCGUCCGCAAUCUAGCGGGCGCCCCAAGACGCCGGUCGACCGCCAGCGGACCUUUGGCCAGGACAGCCCCGCGCUUUCAGCUCGCAAGGGCUUCCUCCCCUCUGGUGCAUCGACCCAACCUCACCACGCCACCGCCAAGACUGGCCGUCAAUUCCGCCGGUACGACUCGGAAACUGCCAUCGAUUUCAGGUCCCAGUCGCGCAACAUCUCCUCACUACGAUCACCCAGUCCUCAGCGGUACCGUGUGGCGGCCGACACGUGGGAGCGUCUUAGCAGGCCCAAGAACAAGAAGAAUUUUGGCGACGGUCAUGAGCUCGAUGCAUUCGAUGACCUGCCCACGUCCAAGGAGGCCGAGACGAAGUUCAUGAAGCAGCCCGUGGCAAGCAGCACGAAGCCUAUGCUGCGACACAGAAGCCACCAGAGCAUCGCGUCCGACAGGACCUCUACGCCGACGCCGACGUUCCCCAUGCACAGGGGUGGCUCCUCGCUGCCCAACUUUGCGCGCGACACGACGGCAAGCCGCAUCGCUCGUGAGACGUCUCUUGCUCAUCGCUCAACCUCCAGCAUGGGCGGACCUUUAGCUCAGGUCAACGCUCAGCGCGGCCCGCCGCUUGCGGCCAAGGGCAACAGCACGAACACUCGGAGCAUUCAGCCAUCGUCUACCAUGAGGUCCAAGAAGCCACCCAAGCGCCCGCCGCAGCUGAAACCCCAUCUCAUCUCUAACCUCGGCCACAGCAAGGAGUCGAAAUUGGUCAACGGAAUGUUCUACAACCCCGAGACCUUCCGGUGGGAAGGCAACGACAACGCCCUCAACGCCUUUGACACCCGAACCGUCGGGACACCUACACCCACGGCAGCCACACCCCACUCGGCCCGGGAGAAAGAGGUCUCGACGCCCCGGCCGGCGCUCAUCACCAACAUCAGCGCGACAAAGGGCAUCCAGGUCGUCAACGGCAUGGUCUUCGACCCGGAGAACAUGUGCUGGAUGAAGCUGGGUUCGCAGCACAAGAGCGACAACAGCACCGCAGGCAUCCUCGGCAGCGACAUUCCGGACAAGAUGAGCGGUGCCGCCUCCAGCUCCGACGAGGAAGACCCUUUCAAGGACAUCCCCGACUUGGAUGACAACCACGGAACCGACGACGAGGGUGUCCGCACGCACGGCGGUCGCAGCGGCCGCGUCAGCGAUAUCAAUGACGACUGGCUUGUCGGCGAAGAGUUCGACGUCGGUCCAGAGUUCAUCCGCCGACAGCGCGAGGAGGAGGACCGCUGGCGCAAGAAGUGCGAGAAGUGGACUGGUCGGGGUGUCAGGGACCGUGACAACUGGCGAUGGACCAUUCGCGAGCUUGUGUCUCAGUUUGACCAACUGCCAGUUUGA